AACCUAGAUAUGAAAUGCAUCGGAAGUCUUACGUAGUCUAUACAGAAUCUAGAUAUCUAGGUACGAGCUUAGACUAGGCUAAGUGAAAGAUGGACAAGCUAGGUUUAGGAACAUGUUUAACUCUGUUGUUAUUAAAUAUAUUUAUCAAAGUCUGCCACAACACAGAAAUUUCUCUUACUGUAGAUAUCUCAGCUGGUCGUCAAGAAUGUUUCUUCGAAACUUUACCGGCAAAAACAAAUGUAGAAAUAGAUUACCAGGUGAUAGAUGGUGGUGAUUUGGAUAUAGAUGUGUUGGUUUCUGGACCUGAUAAUCGAGUCUAUCAUUUGGACCAAAGGAAAACAGAAAACACAGUCAAAUUUGAAUCUACACAAGAAGGUGAUUAUAGAAUAUGCUUCGACAACACUUUUAGCCGUUUUUCUAACAAACUGGUUUUCUUUGAAAUUUAUGUGGAGGAUGGCAAAGAUGAUGAUGAUGAUGAGGAGGAUGAUAAAAAGCUUACAUUUGAAGGAGAAAAUGUUCAGGGGCAGUUGGAUAUGACCAUCGAAGAAUUCUCGGGUAUAUUGGAAAGGUCAAAGAAAAAUCUUGAGCGUUCCAUCCAAGUUCAGACUCUAAUUAAGAUUCAUGAAGCUAAAGACAGGAAUACUCAAGAAGCCAACUUUUUCAGGGUGAAUUUCUUCUCUCUUUUUCAGCUGGCCCUUAUGAUUUCUGUGGGUCUUGUGCAAGUCAUUGUCAUACGAAGUUUAUUUACUUACCAGCAGCCUGUAAGUGGAGGCUCUUUAAAAGCCAGAACAUAGCCAAAAGUAUUAGGGAAUAUUUAUUUCAAUUUUUCAAUUUAUUUUAAAACAUUUUCUUUGUUUUGUUACAAUGCAUUAUUUAUUUUUUUUUUAUUUUCAUUUUCAGAAGAAUAUUUAUUGCAUAUUCUUAGCACAUAAAAGGAAUUGAUAUCUAUUAUUGUACAUUUAUAAGCUUCCCCCCCCCCCUUUUUUUUUUUGUCACUGAAUAUUUCCUUCCAAUCCAUUGCAGAAAUAAUACUGGUUUGUUUGUUUGUUUGUUUUUUCGCUUGUUUUUUGUUUUGAAAGUACUGUAGGUCUACGGUUAUUUUUUUAAAUCUAUGAUUUUGGUUUUACAUAUUUUAAGCUGUGAUGAUUAUUUUGAUACAUAUGUAUACAUGAGCAGCAGCUAAAGUAGAAUGUAUUUUUAUGACUCUGUAAAUGGAACUGUCAUUAUUAUCCAAAGCUGAAAGUAAAUAUUAAUAUUGUCUUCUGUCUUUUUGUCCAUACCUAUGCUCAUAUUGAAGCAUAUAUAGUGUUCAUUUGGGUGUCUUUUUAUAGUCAACUUUCCUUCAUUAAACUAAGCAUAAUGAAUGCAUUAUCAUCAUCUUAUUUCUCAGUGAACAAAUUGCUUACCACCAUUUUACCAAAAAUCCUCUCGUCGCUUUCUCUAAUGAUUUCACUUAAGCAGUAUUAUAACUAUAUAAGAUUGAAUCAAAAUGUUGCCAUUUUUAUAUACAUUUUUACCAUUACUCCUUGUUAUGAACAAAGGCCUUUGUACUGUAUGAAACUGAUAUAAUGCCUUUUAAAUGUCUUUUCUAUGUUUAGAUAUCAUACAGUUUUUUGUUCAAAUCCUCUUUGUUUAUAUAUAUAGGCCUACCUUCUAAGUUAAAUGACAAAAUCAAUUGAAAUAUAAAUUCAAGAAGAUGACCCAAAAAAUUGAUUCAUUAAGCAAAACAAGCAGAAUAAUAAAAUAAAAUAUUGAUAAAUUCAUGCUGGGGAUAUUUAAAGAAAUUCAUAUAUAUAUUUAUGUUUAUAUAUAUAUAUAUAUAUAUGUAUGGAUAGAAAGAUAGGUAAAGUCCUGACAGUUCGAAAUGAUUACUACUGAACCUAUUUCAGGUUAAGCGAAAUUAUUAGUAAUCAUAAUUAUGAAAUUAUAUAAAAUUUAAUGUAGCAUUAUGCUAUGUAAAACACCAGUCUGCCUCGAUCCCAACAUGUAUGUUGUUUCUAAGGCAUUGACGUAAUUUUGCUUCAAAAGAUUGUCUUUGACAAAAAAAAAUUUAACAGAUAUUUAAACCAAAAUAAUUCAGGACCAUAGUACCACAUAUAACAUUGUUCUAUUUGUUCAUUACAUUGUUCAUCUUUGAAACCUCGUGUACUUUUUAGCACAUAAUACAACUAUUGACUGUUCUUUUUUUAGUUUUUAUUCCUUUAUUCCAUUUAAAAUAGUUUUGUUGAAAAAAAACUGUUUCAUGGUCCUAAUAACUAAUAAAAUUUAAAGGGGUAAAUUUUAUUAAAUUCUAAUUAUAAUAAUUAAUUACAAAAAAUACAUUUAAAUUUUUAAAAUAAUAAAUGUUACAAAACCUAGUGGUAAUUGUAAGAUUUUUUUUUGAUUGUUUUUGUUUUUUUAACCAUUUGUCUAAGAUUUGAUUUGAACUAUUACUGAUAGCCAUUUUAUUUCAAUUUAGACUGCCAAGUAAAAUUGUUAAGAACUUUUAGAUGAAUUUAACAAUUCUAGACAUCUAGUGUGUUCACUGUUAGUAAUUUAUUCAUGUGAAUAGGAAUUUAAAAAAAAUAAAAUAUGACCAUUUGUUUCUCAAAAUUUCCCAAACUAAUGGUCAGCCUAGUUCUGUACUUUCUUUCUAAUAAAACUGACAAAAUAAAAAUGUUAAAAUGUUGCCAUUGAAUGUCCCAGUUUAUGUACAAUCAAAGAAGCUGUGAGCUUGAAACUCUACACUGCUUUCAGUAAUUACUUAGUAUGCUACUCAACCUACUUGUAUUUAUUCUGGUUUUGUUUUCAGUAUGCUUUAUCAACUAAAACGAUUACCUCACCAACUUUUAUUUUGUAGGUUUUUUUUUUAUUAUUAUUUUGUAUUUUUGUAUUAUUUACUUUUAUAUCUUCAUAAUCUGGGUUUGCUGCUUCUGCUUGUUAACUGGGCAUAAUAAUUAUUUGAAUAGAAAUGUUUGUUGUUGUUUUUUCUACCAUGUUGUAUUUUAGUAGUUUCAACCUGACAUGUCUUUUAACUUAAUGAGUUUAAGUAUUGUUUUGUUUUUCCAAAAAUGUUUUUACCCUAUAUUUCAUUUUCUGAGAAAAAUUGAAUGUUAAUCAGAUUGAUACUACCUAACUUAAAUACAAAAUUGAAUACACGAAAUCUUGUUAGUUUUGUUUCUCCAAGAAUCACUGCAAAACAGAAGAAACAAAAUAUUGUGGAUUUUUUUUUAUCUCUCUAAGGCAAUCACGCUAAUCUAGUUGGUAUUUUAAACACAAUGCAAAUAUUGUUGCAGCCUCUUGGUCAAAAUUUGAGAAGUGUAUUCAUCUUUUUAAAUUGUGUAUAUCUUUUUCAUUCAAAUUUUGGUUGUAAAGUAUUAGUAAGGUGUUAUUGUGUGAACACAAAUUUUAUUGUAGAUCUUCAUUUUGAAAACAGUAAAUCCAGAGUAAAUGAUUUGUGUAAAAGGCUAUUGAACAUUUUAUGGACAGAUUUGUGAAUUUUUUAUUUUUUUUUAGUGUCUGUUGAUUGUAUAUGAAUGGGACCUUUUUUUAAAAAAUAAGUGCCCCCCGCCCCCUUUCCACUUCUUUUGCAAGCUAUUAUAGCACAGUGCAGAACAGGCCACUGUCCCGUUGGCUCAUAUUUCUCACAGCUAUGGCCAAAUUUUGAUAGUGUCCCCGCUGCAGGAAGAAGAGGAAACCGUGCCUCAUAUUCUGUUUAACUGCCCCAGACUUGCUUAUCUCUGUCUCGACAGGUCUGGGAAACCAAAAAUUCUCAACCUGUAUGUGACAUGCAUGCACAACGCAAUACAGCAGGGUUUCUGUCCAGGGCUUUAGCAAGAGAGGAUUUGAGCCUCUCAAGCCCUCAGAGUUUUAUGGUGAUGAUGAUGAUGGACAGAUUUGUACAUUUUUUUUUUCUUUUGAGUGUCUGUUGAUUGUAUUAUAUGAAUGAGACCCAAAAAAAAAAGUGCCCCCCCCCCUUUUUUUUUUUUUUGUUUACAAAAGCUAAAUUAAUUUGUUAGCUAUCUGUUUUUGAAAGAAGUGAAUGAGUUUUCAGAUCAUAUGUAUCAGCUAGUACAAAGUUAGAUAUGUAUCAGCUAGUAUUUUUUAUUCUGUAUUAUUGAGGGAGUGUAAUGGUUUCUCUCUUAACAAUGAAUUAUAACUAUGCAGGAAAUAAACUUUGAUGAUUUUGA